CUGGGGACUCACAUGCCACCUAAUGAACUUGUUAUGAGUGAGCUAAUCAGUUAGGUUUCCUCUACCUUAGUCCCUUCCCAGUGAGUCACUCAGUAGUUGUACACAUGCUUAUUGCACAUGUCAGUUGAUCUGGGUUGUAGGAAGCCAUUAAAUCAGCCAAUCAAUUCCUCCCUCUGGAAAGUAAGUUCCUGUAAGUAGUAAGUCAGCCAAUGGUGAGUUUGGCUAAGUCCCCGUGAUGCCCUUAACCAAACUCAAGGAGGACAUUGAGUUGUCACGGAAAUAGCAGAGUGGAGACGUGCUGAGGACUGUCCAGGCUGGAGCUGUGGGCACCCAAGACGAGGGGCAGACCCAGAAACCAGAGCUCCACAUCCUAGAGAUUCUCGUGGCUGGGGAUCCUAUGAUCUUGACUUGUACCAUUAAAGGCACCGAAAAGAAAACAAAGCCCCUUUCCUUUCCUGGAAUUGGCCCACCAUGUUCACCAGCACAGAUGGCUCCAGCAACUCCUCCUCCUACUGCUGUACCUCACCCUGAAGCCUCAGGAUUAUAACACCACCCUCAGAUGUCAUUUGAAUUUCUCCCCAGCUAUGUUCUCUGAAAGUGCUGAGGUUGCAUUCCAAGUGGUCUCACCCACAAGGCUGCUUAAUUCCUCUUGUUCCUUGGAGAAGAUUCUGCAGUGUAGCUGUUCCUUCCAUGGGCUCCCCACACCCUCUAUGCAGUGGUUGCUGGAAGGUGUUCCUGUGAGUGUCAACAACACAAAUAGCAUCUUCAAGGUGACUUCCACGGUAAUUGGUGCCUGGAACAACAGCACCAUUAGCCUCACUGGGGAGCCAGAUUUACUCAUGAAUCUCCGCUGUGAGGGGAAGAACCAACAUGGAAUCCAUGCUUCACGUGUCUUCCUCCUACCAGAUAAGCAUUCAGGUUCCAGUGUGUUCGUGAAAGGGCUGACCCAGGGCAUCGUGUAUGGAUCCAUCAUCUCCGCACUGUUCUUCUUCUUCCUUGUCCUCCUCAUAAUGAAGAUGCUUCAAUGGUGGGAGGACAGACACAUUUCCAAGGCUAAAGAGGCCCCAAUUCUCCAGAUACCAGAGUUGCUGGAAGAGCCAGAAAUAGCUGUGAAGUCUGAAGCCAAAAGCACUGAGCAUCAGUUGGAGUCUAGGGCUCUUAAGCCAGGACUGACCAUGGGCAAGAAAGCUCCCAGACGGAUCAAGACAGAUGCGUGGUUCUCAGACGCCUAGCUCCACCAGCCCGGUCAGACUUCCCAGACCUACAGAGCAGGAGCAGUAUUUCCAUCCAGAGACUCUAAGACCAGAAGCCAGCGCCAGGAGCUCACGCAUUCACCCCACAAGGACU